UUGAAGAAACCCAGCCACCAUUUCAAUGCUGCCAAUGCAACUUCUCUUCACCUUGGUCUUGGAUGUUGUGAAACCUCAGCUGUAUGACACAUCCAAAUGGUUUCCCUUUCUGCCCAGGUGGCUUCUUCUUUAAAUGGAAGCUUUCAGGAUGGUCCCCUCUUGCAGUGUCAGAGCCAUAACAGCUGUGAUAUGGAUGCUUGCACCACUGAAGGAAACAGCAUUUCCUUGUCAGAAGAUAGACUACUCCUGGCAAAUGCAACUGAUAAAGGAUAUGACAUUGAAGAAAAUGAAUCCAGUACCUUCUCAGCAUUGGCGCAAUUCAUGAUGAAUCAGAGCUACAUCACUGCCCUGAUUGCCAUGAUGGUUUGGAGCAUUACUCACAAUAGCUGGCUGACCUUUGUUCUGCUGCUCUGGUCUUGUACUAUUUGGAUGGCACGCAACCGUCGCCUCUGUGCCCUGCUUAGCUCACCUUUCCUUGUCACCUAUGGAAAUGUUUUGGUGAUACUUACUUAUUUUGCUGGGAUCAAUGUUACACAGGAGGAACUGUUUCCUAAAGUGCCAACCUCACUGCUUGUUGACCUGGAUUUGAAGUCUUAUUCUCUACCUUGUGUUCAUCUGGGAUCAAAGAUUUUAUAUCUGUUUACCUUCUGGCUCUUACUGAAGCAGCACAUGAUAGAAAAGCAAAGCCAGAGGAAAGCAGAGGAAUCACUCAAGGAAGUGACGGUAAAUAAAACUGAAAUGGAUCAACAACACAAUAUCCUUCUGGAUAUGCUUGGUUCUCUGGUGAAGGGGAUGCUAGUGAAGUACUGGAUUUACUUCUGUGCCGUGAUGUUUUUUAUUGUCAGCUUCAAUGGCAAAGUGGCCCUGUACAAAAUCCUUUACAUUUUGCUUUUUCUGCUAAACGUUGCUCUGUACCAGGUUCAUUAUAAGACGUGGAGACGGAUUUUGAAAGGCUUUUGGCUCACUGUUGUCUCUUAUUCAAUGGUAGUUCUCAUUGCUAUCUAUUCCUAUCAGUUUGAGAUGGUUUCUGCAUUUUUCCUAAACACCUUGCAAAUAUCAGAGGAGAGAUUAAGAGACAUGGGUCUUGAGCGAUUCAGCACCAUGGAAUUGUUCACAAGGAUUCUGCUUCCUGGUGCCUUUCUUCUGGCCUGUAUCCUUCAGCUGCAUUACUUCCAUGAUGAUUUCUUAGUGAUGACAGAUAUAAGCAGUAUUUCCAUCAGGCCAGUAUCUUCAUCUGGGAGCGAUAAGAAGACCGAGACUCAGAUAUACCUUCUGGCAAACAUGCUAAAGGAAAACAUGCAGAAACUACAAAACAGGCUGGCUGCUGAACAAUUACAGGAGCUGGAUCCGUCUGUGAACACUGUGGGGAAGAGUCAUCCUACAAAUCUGGAGGAAAAAAUGAAUAAAUGGACAGAUGUGGUUGACAGUUUGGUGCCUCAUGUCCUGAAGUUCUUGACAACAGUUCAGUCAAUGCAAGCAUUUGCGUGGAGAGUUCUGGAGCUGCACAUCCUCAAGAUUACAUCUGUUUGGAUUGUCUGGAUCACUAUUCAGGAGGUGUCCUUGAUGAACUAUGUUUUCUUCAUUCUGUGGACCUUUUCUCUUCCAUAUGCAAAGCUUCGCCCAUAUACCUCAAGAAUCAGCACAUGUUGGUCCUGCAUGAUGGUUAUCUGUAAAAUGAUGUACCAGCUGAAAUUUGUCAAGCCUUUGGAAUAUUCCUCCAACUGCACACAGGGUCUUCAUCUGAAUACAACAUACUCCUAUACCAAUGUGGAGGAGUUACUGGAGAAAUCAUUGUUGUACACUGCACCAGUUGACCCAGCGCAUUGGGUUGGAGGGUUCUUGAAGUGUAAUGAUAAUGUACUUCCAUGUCUAAAGAACCAUCUCACCAUCCUGAUUCUCAUGGCUCUUGAAGCAACUGUGCAUCGCCACCAGUGUUUCUACCGUAUACAGAACCAGUUGAUGUUGCCUGCCACAGGGAGCCUUUUUCAUAACAUUGCUCGUGAGAAUUUGGAUGAUGGACUACUAAGUUGCAUCAAAUACUUUAUGAACUACAGUUUUUACAAGUAUGGACUAGAGACAUGUUUUGUAGCUACCUUUAAUGUGAUUAGGCAGCGCAUGGAUUUCUAUGCCCUAAUUCAUGCCAGCUGGCUAAUUUACCUGUUGAGCUGCCAUCGGAGGAAGGCCAUAGCUGAAGUCUGGCCCAAAUACUGUUGCUUCCUUGCCAACAUAGUGGCUUUUCAGUAUCUGCUUUGCAUUGGUCUCCCACCUGCUCUCUGCCAAGAUUAUCCAUGGAGAACCUCUCGUUGGCUGCUCCACUCAAAUUUAAUUAAGUGGCUGUAUCUGCCUGAUUUUGCCAAGAGUCCUGAUGCUAAUUUCCUCCUGUAUGACUUCCUGCUUCUGCUCUUUGCCUCCCUCCAAUGGCAAGUAUUUGAGGAUGAGAAUAAACCUGUUGUGAGGAUACAAGCUGGAGAUAAUGUAGAAAUCAGCCGAGAGCUCGAUCCAAUGGACCUCAAUGAGUACAGCCCAGUACCAAGCUUUAUCCACUGCAGGUCUUACCUGGAUUUGUCAAAAGUGAUUGUGUUCAGAUAUCACUUCUGGUUUGUCCUUUGUCUUAUUUUUAUGACGGGGACAACAAGGAUUAACAUCUUCUGUGUGGGCUACCUUGCGGCCUGUUUUUAUUUCAUGCUCUUUGGAGGAAGCCUUCAGCUGAAGCCUGUCAAAGAUAUCCUCAUACUAUGGGACUAUCUCAUUGCAUACACAGCUUUGGUCAUAACAAUGAAGAACCUCCUUGCUAUUGGAGCUUGUGCUUACCUUAAUAAAUUGCAAAGAAACCACUGUUGGUUGAUUCAUACAUUUGGUAUGUUCUGCACAGUAUCAGGAUAUAAUAUAGAUCCACCUGAUGAUGAGAUAUGUGAACUGCCUGAGAAGGAUGCAGGGAUCGGUUGGGAUGUAAUAUGCUUUAUGUUUCUGCUGGUCCAGCGUCGGAUUUUCACAAGCUACUAUUACCUCUAUAUUGUAGCAGAUCUCAAGGCUGCUAAGAUCUUAGCUUCCAGAGGAGCAGAGCUAUUUAAAGUAAAACUGAAGAAAACGGUGGAUCUCAGGAUCGAAGAAGAGAGAAAAUCAAUGGAAACAAUGAAGAGGCAAAUGGACUUGAUGAAGCCAAAGCAGAAAAGGGUUAAUGGCUUGGAUAAAAGAACGUCAGAAACAGAAACUGUGCAGGAGUCUGAAAGGGAGAAAGAUUCUGAAGAUGGUGGUAGCAAGAAAGAAAACGAAGGCAAGAAGACGUGGUGGCAGCCCUGGGUGACUCACACAUCAAUGAUUCGAGGUGGGAGCUAUUGCCUUUUUGAGACAGAUAGUGAGGAUGAAGAAGAGGAAGAAAGAGUUGCUGAAAAGAAUGAAGAAGAAGCCCUGAAGAAGAAAACAGCAUUCCAGCUUGCUUAUGAAGCCUGGAUAAUGAGUUCAAAAUCAGCUCUAAAAAUGAGAGAGCAAGAUGAAAUCAGAGCACAAAGGAAGAAAGAAGAGGAGGAGGAGGAGGAAGAGGAGAAACAGAGUCAAUUGAAAGAAGCAGAAACCAAUGAAGACAGUUUGGAGGCAUCAGCCACUGGGGAAGAACUGGAUGAACCAGUAGAAACGAUCAUGCAAAGAAUAAACAGCAUUGUCAAGUUUAUCUGGGUCUUUAUCCAAGCAUUGUUGGAUGAUACCACGGAAGCACUGAAUUCCCUAUGUAAAGGUGAUCUGGACAUAGCAAAUGUGCUGAAAACAGAAAAGUGUGUACUUUGGCGAGAGAUUAACAAGGGAAAAGAGCCUUCUGUAGACACUGUUCUUCAGUAUUAUAACUUCAAGGAAAGCCAGCCACAGUAUGGAGAAAGUAAGACUGAAAUGACAGAAAUUAAAGGCAAUAUAUUUAAAUACCCACUUGAAGAGAACAAAGAACCCUCACAUAGACAUCUUAGGAGCUCAAGAAGAGCUGUCAGAGGUGCUUCUGGAAGAGAGAAGAAAGAAGAAGUGAGCCCUGCAGGAUCAUCACCUCACAGCUUAAUUCCAUCCUCUUUGUGUGCAGAAUCUCGUGGUCUGAGGAGGUCUUCAUUGGACAUGGAAGAGCCAACAGAUUUCCCGUUUGCUAGAGAUAAAGAAGCAGGCCGGUCUCUGAACAAAGUUCCUGCUGUGAUGACAGCCAGUGAACUGCUUCUGAUUAGGACAUUUCAUGACAAUGAACUGGAGCAGUCAGAUAAAUUUUACCAGCGUCUUCCUCGCCUUCUGAAGCUGGGAAUUGCUUUGUACAAUGCAAUGGAGUCUAAAUCGGAAAUGCUGUGUUAUUUUGUGAUCAUUCUAAAUCACAUGGUAUCUGCUUCCAUCCUCACUUUGGUUCUUCCUAUUUUGAUAUUUUUGUGGGCAAUGUUGUCUAUUCCAAGGCCUACUAAGUUCUUUUGGAUGACCGCCAUCAUUUACACUGAGAUAACAGUUGUGGUGAAGUGCUUUUCCCAGUUUGGAUUCUUUCCUUGGACCACUAAGAUAUAUUGUGGCCUCAAUGCUGAAGAGCCAUUUGUUUUGCCAAAUAUUGCUGGAAUCGAGAAGAAGGAUGGCUAUGUGCAUUACGAUCUGGUACAGCUACUGGCUUUGUUCUUCCACAGGUAUAUCUUGAAGGGCUAUGGACUAUGGGAUACUAAGGAUGUCAACAUACUGAACUCCAAAGAAAAGAAUGGGACAGAGAGACCAAAGGAGAAAGGAUGCAGAGACCAUCUGAAGAAAGGUCAACCUGGAUCAGCAGCACAGCAUCUUUUGAAAUCCCAAGGUCUCUCAAGGAAUAUAUUCAGAAGGGCUAAUGAAGACAAAGCCCUAAAAGAGGCCAAGAAGAAAUGGAGCUGGUUCAGGAAAAAAAACACUGGCAAGAAGAGACUUACCAAGGAAACACUAUACCAGCAGAUACUAAAGGCAAAGAAGUUGGUGAUUAAAAUUGCUCUGCAGAUCUAUCGGCCUAUCAAACAAUUCUUUUAUGACAUUAUUCACCCUGAAUGCAGUCCAAUCUGUGAUGUUUAUGCCAUCAUGUUCCUAGUUGAUGUGAUUAACUUCAUUAUUGUCAUAUUUGGCUACUGGGCCUUUGGUAAACACUCAGCUGCUGCUGAUAUCACAGAAUCUCUUUCAGAAGAUCAGGUACCUGAAGCUUUCCUUGUGAUGCUCUUGAUACAGUUUGGGACAAUGAUAGUUGAUCGAGCAAUCUACCUGAGAAAGAAUAUGUUUGGGAAAUGUGUUUUUCAAGUGGUUCUUGUCUUCGGCAUCCACUUUUGGAUGUUCUUCAUCUUGCCUGGAGUAACAGAAAGGAGGUUUAACCGAAAUUUAGUUGCUCAACUGUGGUACUUGGUCAAGUGUAUUUAUUUUGGUUUGUCAGCAUAUCAAAUCAAGUGUGGCUACCCCAAGCGAGUCUUGGGCAACUUUCUGACUAAGAGUUACAACUGCAUGAACCUCUUCUUAUUCCAAGGAUUUCGACUGGUGCCUUUCUUGACAGAGCUGAGGGCUGUCAUGGAUUGGGUUUGGACUGACACCACCCUCAGCCUGUCCAGCUGGAUUUGUGUAGAGGAUAUCUAUGCUAAUAUUUUUAUCAUGAAAUGCUGGAGGGAAUCUGAAAAAAAAUAUCCCCAGCCUCCUGGGCAGAAGAAAAAAUUGAUUGUGAAAUAUGGGAUGGGAGGCUUCAUUGUCUUUGUACUCAUCUGCAUUGUGUGGUUCCCAUUGCUUCUUAUGUCACUGGUGAAGUCAGUGGCAGGAGUAACGAAUCAGCCUCUGGACGUAUCUGUCAAAAUUACCAUCAGUGGUUAUGAAUCCUUAUUUACCAUGAGUGCUCAGCAGCAAAACCUGGUUCCUUUCACUCAUGCAGCCUAUAAUGGACUCACCACGCAAUAUGCUCUUUAUCCUUCAGCUAUGCAGUUUAUAGUCAACUAUAAUCCAGAGGACAUUGUAGUGGCUAAAAUAAAAGGCAAUGCCAGUCUGCUGUGGAAUAUUAGUCCUGGAAGUCGGAAAGCGAUGAUAGCUGAGCUCUCCAACUCUUCUGCAAUCUAUGUCAACUUCCACUGGACUCUUCUCAGAAAUGCCUCUCUUGUGAAGAACAUUGAAGCAUCAGGCAUACACACUGUGAGAUAUGAAGAGAAAGAAAUACGGGAGCAAGUGAUUGAAAUGCUGUGUGGGACCAGGGAAGAACCAGUAUUGCUUCCUGGUGUGUUACCAAGAUAUGUGAGAGCUACUGGAGGAGCAGAAGCCAAAAUGGCACACAGAUUGCAAGUUGCCCAUUCCAAUAACCCAAAGGACAUAGAAAUGAUGGCAUUUUUCAGAAAUAUAACAAUAAAGUUGCAGCAGCUGCCUGACAAGAGGACUUCAAGCCAUGUGCCCGAAUGGUGGAUUGUUAAGGAGCAAAGACCUGGCUGCUUGGGAAACGGAUGCAGUAAAAACAUAGAGCUCUUUAUCUACAAUGAUAAGGUCAGCCCUUCCAGCCUGGGAUUCCUGGCAGCACAUGGCAUCGUUGGUCUCUACAUGUCUGUAGUUCUGGUCAUCGGGAAGUUCAUCCGAGAAUUUUUCAAUGGAAUUUCACGUUCCAUCAUGUUUGAAGAGUUGCCAAAUGUGGACCGCAUCCUGAAACUCUGCACGGACAUCUUCCUGGCAAGGGAGGCGGGAGAACUUGAGCUGGAAGAGCAGCUCUUUGCCAAACUCAUCUUCUUGUACAGAUCUCCUGAAACAAUGAUCAAAUGGACCAGAGAAGCCAAGGACAAAUAGAACCAGGGCAUCCACCCAUGAUCACUGCUAAUGCAUUGAUCUGGGUGGCAAAUGUUGGGUGAAGCAGUUGAAGAACUUGGUUGAAGCACAUCAAGAUAGUCAUAUCAUUCACGCUCAGUGCUGUAUUUUGAAUAGCUACUCAAUCAGUAUAAACUAUGUGUUCUAUUUAAUACCCUAAAUCUCCAAUGAGAGAAUAAAUAUGAAAAGAGAGUAAUAUACUAGUCAGCUGAAGUGAACUGGCAUUUCAAACAAUUUACCCAGUAAGUGCCCAAAAGCAGCACUAUUUUUUUUCGCUGAAAAAUGUACAUUUUACAACCAUAAGUUCUAUUUUAAAUAAGUCAAUGUUUGGAAAAAAAUGAAAACUGUUUUUUUUUUUUUGAGAUUUAGCAAACUAUUCACUAUAUAUCUAUAACACAAAGAUGAAAGCAAUGUACUAUGUAUGCAUAAAUAAAGUCAAUACGACAUCCUGA